AUGUUCCAGCCAGCGAGACCUGCGGACGCAAAUGAAGAUGCUGCAAAAUCCACAAAGUGGGUGACUUCUGGUGCUGUGAAUAGUGGCCUGGACACAGCAAACAGCCUGGAAAGCAGGAAAAACAGGGACAGCCACGAGAUUCAUCCAGACUCAGGAGAGGGAGGAUCAGGUAAAAUUUUACCUACUGAUAUAGCUAGCAUUGCUAUACCUAUUGUGCAGAUACCAGGACCAGAUGGCAUACAAUGCAUAUUAGCACAAAUGAAAGAGGAUAGAAUUUUUUUAGCGGGAGAGAUUGAGAGAAAUGCUAGGGAAAUAAGAUUAGAGAUUCAGGCAACUGGUAAUCAGACCGCCACUCUAGAGGUGAGGGUAGAGGCUGUGGCUAAAGUGCAUAAUGAUUUAUUACUACAGAGCUCGGAAUGGGGCACAAGGCUUGAUGCCUUAGAAGUGGCAUUUGAGGAUCUUAUUAAUCGAUCUCGACGCAAUAAUAUUAAAAUUAGAGGGAUACCAGAAACAAGAGACAAGGGCCCGGUGCAGAACUUGGUUCUAGAAAUCUUUAGACCCUUAUUACCAGACAUUCCUGAACCCAGAUGGAAAAUCGAUAGGGCGCACCGCUUAUCAGGUGGUCCACGAAGGAACGACAAACGUCCCCGAGACAUAAUAGUGAGAUUCCAGUAUCAUAGCACUAAAGACGCUGUAGUGCGCAAAUGUAGGGGGAUGGAGGUUACUUACAGAGAAAAGGCACUUCAGAUAUUCCAAGAUCUUUCUCCAUCCACUCUCUUAGAGAGAAGGCAAUGGAAGCCAAUUACAGAUCAUCUGAGACUCAAUAACAUUCCCUUCGCCUCGGGCCAUCCCUUUAAACUUCUCACUUUUCAUAAUGAACAAACCAGAGCUUUACUACCAACGGGGGAUCCAGGUAGAUUUUAUCAGAUAAUGGGUCUGGACACCUCAGAGGGAGUAACACCCUUAUUUCUACAAAAGACCCCACUACCUGCUCUAACCAGAGAAUUGUAUGAUGGGAGAGAGAAUCAAAGUUAA